AUGUCAAUCACCACAGACGAGGUGAACUAUCUCAUUUGGAGAUACUUUCAAGAAGCAGGACUUGAGAUUUCUGCGUAUGCAUUGGAUGACGAGACCGAUGUUCACACUUUGGAUGCCACGUACGAGAAACACGUGCCAUUGGGGUGCCUAAUCGACCUCAUCCAAAAGGGAAUACUUUAUUCCAAGAUGAAAUCGCUGGUGGAAUCUUCCAAGACGCAACUGGACCAAGAUGAUCUUAUAAAUAUGAAUUUCAACUUCUUCACUGCUUUGCAUGAAAUAAAAGAAAACGAGACAGCGAAUGAGAGAUCCAUAAUGUCCACUGAUGAUGGAGAAAAACUUGAACAAGGAAAACGUUUGCCAGAGGAAGAACAAGGGGUAGAGGAGGAGCAACAAAAGGAUGAUGAAGGCUUCAUCAGAGUCAUCAAGGAAUACAAAGUAUUGGAUCCCUCAAAUUCUAUCUCCUUUUCACCGACCAGUGGCGGAACCAUCUCAUUAGCGCAUGCGUGCAACACCCAGACGGAUAUUGUUGAUAUAGAAACAAACACAGCAGUGACAUUGCCUGCGUCUCCCUUAUGCAAAGAGGUGUUGUUGGCACAAUGGUCGUCUAAUGGCCAGCUGUUGAUCACAGCAUACGAGAAUGGUGAAUUACGCCUAUGGUCCAGUCAGGGUGCUUUGGUGACGGUUUUCGCAAUGCACCACUGGCCAAUCGUAGCUUUGGAAUGGUCUCAUAAUAACAAGUAUCUUAUUUCAAUCGACAUCCGAAAUAUCGUCAUUGUAUGGGACAUAACAACCAAAACAAUAGCUGUACAUUUAGACAAAGAAAACUGGAAAAACUUGACCAACUUCUCGUUGCUAGUGAACACAGUCGAUGAUUCAAUUCAGAAUUUUGGUACCACUUUAUGUUGGUUGGAUGAUACGAAGUUUAUAACACCAGGCCCAAAUUACUCGUUACUAGUGAAUCAGCUAGUAGAUUCUAAACAUUCGAUAGUUGGUGUUUUGAUAGGCCAUGAGGAGUCCGUUUGUGCUAUCAAUUAUAACAAAGACUUGAGGUUGUUAUGCUCAGCCAGCGAAGAUGGUAUCAUACGAAUCUUCAAGGGUAACUCAACGAACAGCCUGCAAGUCCUAUCGGGCCACUCAUUGGCAAUUACCUAUUUGGAGUGGAUCAAGCUUGAUGAUAAAUGGUAUAUAUUGAGUACUUCAUUAGACGGUACUAUACGAAUUUGGGAUUUUAUAAACAACCAAACAUUGGCAAUCUCAUGUAUAGCCGAUGGACAGCCAAUACUGUACGCAGCGUCUCAUGUAUCGCCAGAUGGGGAAGUGAUAUUGGCUACCGGUGAUUCAUCGGCAAGUGUGUCCAUUUGGAAUAUCUCCUGUGAUAAAAUUAAACAAGUUGGUCUCUACCAACAUGGUCGCCCUGAUGGUCAUAUCUCCCACAUCAGUUGGAAUCUGGACGGCACCAAAUUUGCAGCAGCAUUUACUAAAGGUAAAAGUGUGAUUAUUAAAGUGUAG